GGCCCGUCCUUCUCCUACUUUCCUUUCGUUCACAGCUUGCAGGGAAAUGGUACCCCAUCGUCUCGGCCAAGAGCGAAUCCAUGCCGAGGCCAUUCUAUGCGUUUACGCUUGAAACUCAGCAAAACGGAGGGGCCCUCCUCAAAGUGGAAAUCCCAGGAUGGGGAGGCUGCCGGAUCAAAAAGUUCCCGCUGGAGACCACCAGCCCCGGUAUCUUCACCAUGGAGGACAAGUCCACCAUCAAGGUCCUGGACACCGACUACGACUCCUACCUGAUCAGCGAGUUCCUGAGUGGCACCACCAUCUUCCUCUGCCUCUAUGCCGCGGAGAAGGCGGUGCAGCCAAGGGUGCUGAGGAAGUUCACGGCCCUCGCGGAGAUGAUGGACCUCAGCCCGGAGAGGCUGUUCUUCCGGCACGAAAUCGAUCUCUGCUCCGCUAAGAAGAGAAAGGAGGAGAGCAAGUAAAAGGCACCGCAGAUCCGGGAUCCAUCGUCCUCCCCUUCCCGUUUUUUUGUCCUCGUCCGUUUAUUAUUCCGUUUCAAUAAAGGCCCCGCUUUACAAAGA